CCACGUCAUUUCCUCUCAUUUUCUCCAUCAAAAUCCCCAAUUAAAAAUUCCCAGAGAGAAACGAAAGCCUAAGCCAUGGCGAUGGCUAGUCUCCAGAGAUUUUCCUCACAAAUCUCACGAACUCCAUCACUCAAAUCCAUAAUCAGAUCAACCACAACAUCAACAUCAACAUCUUCAAAGAAAGUAUCAGAUCGGAUCGUGAAACUAUUCGCAAUCGAUUAUGAAGGUCAAAAACGUGAAAUCAUAGGAUUAUCAGGUCAUACUUUACUAAAAGCAUUAACAAAUAAUGGUUUAAUAGAUCCAGCUUCACAUAGAUUAGAAGAUAUUGAUGCUUGUUCAGCUGAAUGUGAAGUUAAUAUUGCUCAAGAAUGGUUGGAGAAAUUACCAAAAGCAUCUUAUGAUGAAGAAUAUGUGUUGAAAAGGAAUUCCAGAGCUAGAGUUUUGAAUAAACAUUCAAGACUUGGUUGUCAGGUUGUUUUGACUUCUGAGCUUCAAGGUAUGGUUGUUGCUGUUCCUGAAGCUAAACCAUGGGAUAUCCCAUAAUUUCUGACCAGAGCAUCAUGCAUUGAGAAGGUAAGGAUUUGUUCUUUUUCUUCUUUUGGGAGAUGAUGAAAGAACAAAGAUUUAUAGUGGGAUCUCUUUGUUUUUGAAAUUUGAAUAAAUUUUUGUUGUUGAAACUUCAUUUUGAUGUUGUUGAACUUGAAUUAUUGAUGUUGUACUGAUUCAUGAACGGUACUACUGAAUUUCUUUCGGUUUUUAGUUAUGUCUAUUUUGUGUUUUUGUUA